CUGCACAGAUGGGCAGCAAAAAGUUUGCUCUGGUUCUGGAAAAUUCCGCUACUGUAUAAUAUUGCAAUACUCCGUAGGCUGCGUGAAAACGUCGCGAGAGGGUGGGGGAGCUUACACAGACCGUGCCCAUGCCAGAAACAUUCUUCCUAUUCUUCGCAAGGGUGUGGUGCAUCAGGAUAAUGUUUAUCGGUGUGUUGUGUACGGAGCCGGCUUGUUGCCGGAGUGUGCGUUCAUGGCGAACCCUUUCCACCGGGUGUGUCGGUGCAUCAGCCAGCGUCAAAGCUUUUCCUCCUUUUCCUCCCACGGUCAUUAAAUUUGGCCGUACAGGCAAAGCAGCAGCAGCAGCAGCAGCAGCAUGCCCGUGCCCUUCCAGCAGCCUUCCCCACACGUCCGUUUGUUCCUCGGUUUCUGCUGUUGAAAUGCCCUGAACCUGAGAGCGCUGCUGCACACACUGUGUAGUGGAGUAGGCUGUGCCGGUCGGUUUUUGCGUAGUGGUAGUGCGAUAGGCCAUGGUAGUGUUCCUAGCCUCCAUGAUAGUUGUGUGUGCUCAGGCUUGAAAAAAAAAUCACAAAUAUUACUUUUUCUCUCUGUGUCGAGACAAGACCUCGGUUUGCGACUUUUUUGUACGCCAUCGUUAUUUAUACAAUUAUAAAAUCCACAAUACUAAAAAAAAAUAAAAUAGAAAUCGCUAAAUCGUCUGUGUUCGCUCGAUCGAUCGACUUUGUAAACGAUCUGAGUAAGCGAAACAAAAAAACAUAUCUUACCUGUGGGUUACGCUAUAGCAACGCACACUAGUGCCGGAUGAGACAGGGCAGCUUAGCCUAAGCGGACUGUUGUACUCGUGUGCGUAUCGCUAUCAUUUUAGUUCAAUUGUCUCCUCUUCAAUAGACGGUUUGUGUGUGUUGUUCGUAGUGGUGGUAGGUGUAAAACUCCCGUUAUCAUAUCCUCACCAUCGCCGGCAACUAGUGUCGCCGACGGUUACGUGUGCACUUGUUAGACGAUUUUUGUGCCUCCUGUUAUCACCACGCGCCUCGGUGUAGUUGUCCCGCCAGCCAAACAGCCACCUUUACUGUUCUUCCUCUUUGCGGAAUUGUGCAAGACAUUUCUGUGGUUCUCCGUGUCCAGCGCUUUUCUGCUAUGCUGUGCGUGCCAAGUGCUCACCGUGUGUCAUUAAUCGGCUGAAUCCGGUGCGGUGUGCUUUCAGCAGUGUUUGCCGUAUGUACUGGAAGGGCAGAAAAGUGUACUGUGUGUUGUGUGGUGGUGCUGCUACAGCUGACAAGUCCCAAGUUGUGUGGUGCCAGGAGAGGAGGUGACUUCAUUACUCAUCGACCGGAGCAAGAGCUUUUGAAAAAUUCGGCAAAGAGAGAAAAAAAAAACAAUUCAAGUGUGAAAAGUAAAGGGAAAGCGUGCGAACGAAGAAAGGCAACAUCCUGCGAACGUUCUGUGCCGUUACAACCCGGGAGAGGCUGUGUAUUCGCCGCAUCGACGAGAGAUCGGGGCGAUAAAAGGCGAGCAAAAAGACACGAACUAUGAAUACUUAAUCUCCCUUGCGCGCCUGGCAGCAGACUCUACUACAAACCUUCCGAAUGUGUAACGGACAAUCGCCACAGCAGCAGCCGCAGCAGUAGCCGAAGAAUAGAAGGUUUCCCCGUCGAACAAAACAGCAGGGAGUGCGUGCGUGCGUGCGUGCCAGAUUGUUUGCCUGGCGCUGCUGUGUGGUGUUUCUUGCGCGAAAAAGAAACAAACAAUUGACGUGUUUGUUGUGCGUACGUGUGUGUGUCUGUGUAUUUCUUAUACGAAAAAAUCGUUCGUAAAAAGGUGGACGGAUAACAUCUGACCACUGAGCAGCACUACCUUUUUGUGUCUCGACAGUAGCGGUUUUGUUCGGAUCAAGUGCGCACUCUAGCCAGCGAAGCAAUCGCGCUUGCUGCCAAUGAACGUUUAUUUAUUUAUUUAUUAUUUAUUUUGUUUUGAACAUUCCCGUGUGAGCAAUUCGAUCAGUGUGAAUCACCCACUGGAGGCAAAAAAUCGCUUCGACGACUUCUUGCUGGUUCAUCAAAUCGAGCGAAGGGGCAGUGUCGCUGGUAGAAGAUUCCCUUGGUUUGUCAAUAUCAUCUGGUGUUGUACCAUCGUACACUAGUAGAAGUGCCGGAAAAGGCAAAAGAAGGAAAGCCAAGUAGAAGCACGCGAAAAAGGAACGGAGCCAGAUCUGAACGACUUCCAAUCUUGCUGUGACACAAACACACACCCACACCGGAUAACAGUGUACUCCCCAUACACCAUACGGCAGAGUAUACGGGACAGAAACGGAUGACGACCGUUGACAACUGACUACUACUACUACACACGCGGAUUUGCUUCUUUGCAAUCCCGCAUGGUUGCUCCCUGUGCGAACGUGUGUUGGUGAAGCAGCAGCAUCUAACGACCGUACAACACUCACGCACACACCACUACGCGGUAAUUUUCAAGUGUGCGUGUGUGUGUUCACCCAACAUCAUCGAACAGAUUUGUGCUGUAAAGUAACGCAAAAAAAAAAACUCCAAUCUGCAACAUUCGGUGACGACGGCAUUGGCCACGCAAACGUGUUCCCUACUCUUGAGUGAGUAAAAAGUCAAGCGUCACGCGUUUGAAGGGAACGAAAAGUACACGGAAGACGGCCAUACGCGCGAUACACACACACACACACGAACAAAGACUGCCCCCGAAACGGCAGGACGAUUCGGAAUUCUCUCCCGAGAGUGAAACCAACCGACGAAGGGAUGCCUUCCCUGCAACAGACUACAUUCAAGGACUUUCCCAGCCCGGACAUUGCCAGAUCGCUGACGGGGCCAGAUAUCCUGCAGAAGCAUUCCAUCAACUCGCUGCUGCUGGAGCACAAUGAGAUCAUCUCCCGGGGACUUCCGUCACCGAUCGACGAUAACAUGUCCUUAGCCGAUCUGCUGGGCGGUUCGCAGGCAUCAUCCCCCACCUCGGCAACGUCGUCGGUGGGCAAAGGUGGAGAUGGAAGUCUUAGCAGCAGCACCGGCCUAGCGCACCACCACCAUCACCAGCUACAACAUAAUCAGCAGCAUCUGCCGCAGCAGCAAGGUCAACAGAAUCACCAGCAUCAUCACCAUCAGCAUCAUCAUACCACGCUCGGGUCAUUCGCGUCGUCGCUUGGCUCGUCCUUAGCGGGCAGCAGCGUGGCAAGACCGACGACAGUUUGCGACGACAGUGGCAGCAGCAUCCUAAGCUGCUCCGGCGGCGGGAAUAGCUCGGCAAGCGGAGGAUCCGUUUCGUCGAAUCCAUUCAACUUCUCCAGCCUGCGAAUUCCGAGCCCAUCGCUUAACUCGCCCGACCUGCUGAUGGGCGGCGGUGUAUUGAUAGGCGGUGGCAUUGCCGGUAGCAGCAGCAGCAGCAGUAGCAGCAGCAGCGGCAUCAGUUGCGGUGGAGCAGGAAGUGCUGGCAGUGGCCAGUCUCCAACGACACACUCGUUCUACACGGCCCUGCAGCAGCAGCAGCAGCAGCAGCCGGGAAGUGGCGGCAGUUCAGGAAGCACAGCCGAUGCUUUACCCUCAUCGAGCGGCAGUGGUGGUGCUGGUGGAUUCGAGGGAUUUCGGUUCGAUACCGAUCUGAUGCUCGGAUGUGUCGGCAGUGGUGGAAUUGCUUCAGCGAAUGCAUUGGCCACCGAAACGCUGAAGCAAAGACGACGAAACAUUAGUUUCGACUGUUCCUCGCCCACCAACGGCACGUCCUCGCCGGGCGAAGGAAGCUCCCCCUCGCUGACACUGCUCUGCUCCAACAGUGGACGGAACUACCGAAACGGUAGCAGCAGCUAUUCGCAGUCCCAGCAAAAUGCAUUAUCCCAUCAUCAACAACAGUCGUCGACCGUCAGCAGCGUACAGCAGCAACAGUACGAUCUGCUAUCGGGCAGCAAUGGUUCAGCGAGCGGCAUCAACGGACCAGCAGGUGGAGGCGCCGGAGGCAAUGGAAUUACCUCCAACAAUAACCACCUUGGCAGUGGAAUGGGUAGUUUCGAUUCGGCUAACAGUGGUACCACCAACAGCAGUGCUCUGUCACUGUUCGGAUCGGGCAAUGGUUCACUGUCCCGGUCGCACUCACCGCCGGACCAUUCGGACACCAGCAACUUGCUGACGAGCCUGGAAAGCACCAGCAUACUGGAUAUGCUAAACUAUCUUACUCUAGGUCAGAGUACGAAUUCGGUGCCGACCACCAGCGGGCUUCACAAUCAAACUUCCCAACAUCAACAAUCCAACGGUGGUCAGUUGGCGCCCUACACCUCGACACUGAACACGCUCUAUCAACAGCAGCAGCAGCAGCAGCAGCAACAUCAACAGCCGACAGCCGCUUCGGGAUCGUUUGCUGGGUCCAAUGCUGCGAGCAAUAAUGGAAACACAGUUGGUCUAUCUGGGCUAAGCCUAGGCAGUACCGGAUUUGCUACAAGCGAAUACGAUCGUCUGCAAAACCUGCAAGCGCUCAACACGCUGCGCCUGCUGCAGCAAACCCAGCAGCUGUCCCAGCUGCAGCAGCUACAGUUCAACCAGUCGCUAUUGCCAGCAGCGACUGGAAAUGGUGGCGCCAGCAUUUUCGGCAACUGUGGCGCUGGCACGGCGGCAGGCUCUAUUUCCACGUCUGGUAAUAAUGCGCUUACCGCAAGCGGCAGCAUUGGCUCGAACAUGGGCUGUACCGGGGGCAACAAUGGCAAUAAUAGUAUGCAGGGAAAAAGCUGGUCCUCAUCGCAGCAGCAUAUGGUGGUGUCGCAUCGCCAGGGCUCCUCGUCGCCGUCACUAAACGGUGGAUCUGCUGGGAACGGCAAUGGGUACAAUGACAUAAACCUCGAUCGCAUCGCCCGAUUUCACCGAUCCUCCGCCGCACAUUACGAUGCCACUUGCACUUGGAGUGGCGUGUUGCCACCUCGCUCAAGCCGGCUGGUGACGUACUCGUCGAAAAUAUUCCUCGGCGGUAUGCCGUGGGACAUUUCCGAACAAUCGUUGGUGCAAAUUUUUAAACCAUUCGGCUCAAUCAAAGUCGAAUGGCCUGGAAAGGAGCAACAGGCGACACAACCGAAAGGUUACGUGUACAUCAUCUUCGAAUCGGACAAACAGGUGAAGGCGUUGCUGCAGUCAUGCACGUACACUACCCCGAACGGUGGUAUGCACGUCCAUCAUGGUGGCGCAGGUCCAGGUAACUACGGAGGCAGCCACACUGCCAUGAACGGUGCCUCGUCGAACGGUUCGGUAGCCCGGGCUGCUGGGUCGAGCUACGACGAGGCACCACCUCACCAGCAUCAGCAGUCCCACCGGCAGCAAGUAUUGCCGAUGUCUAAUCUGAAUAAACCGCUAGCUCCUUCAGGUGCGAAGAUCAACUUCAAGAUAUCGUCGAAGCGCAUCAAGUCGAAGGACGUCGAGGUGAUCCCGUGGAACAUCGCCGACUCAAACUACGUCAAGUCGGCUUCGCAGAAGCUAGAUCCAACGAAAACGGUGUUUGUGGGGGCACUGCACGGUCAGCUGACGGCGGAAGGGUUGGCGAAGAUCAUGAACGAUCUGUUCGAUGGCGUCGUGUACGUGGGCAUCGAUACGGAUAAGUACAAGUAUCCGCUGGGUUCGGCUCGCGUCACAUUCAACAACUCACGGUCGUACAUGAAGGCCGUCUCGGCUGCUUUCAUCGAGAUUCGAACCUCCAAGUUCACCAAGAAGCUGCAGGUUGAUCCCUACCUGGAGGAUUCGCUUUGCUCGAUGUGCACCGUACAGCACGGACCAUACUUCUGCCGGGAAAUCAUGUGCUUCAGAUAUUUUUGCCGUUCCUGCUGGCAACUUCAACACAGCCGUGAGGUGUAUCUGCAGAACCAUAAACCACUGACCAGAAACUCCAAAUUCACCGCAAUCAUUGGGGUUGGCCCUCAGCAACAUCAGCAACAAUCGCACACAUCCGGUGGCAGUAACGGCAGCAACGGCAACCAUCACCUGCACCAACAGCAGUCGUCAUUCGAUCACAGCCCGUACUACAGUAAUCACCAUCACCAUCAUCACCACCAUCAUCACGGUGGCUCUGGUAGGGAUUCGCUGAGCCAGCAGUCUGGCUCUAGUUUGUCAUCACACAAUCAUCAAUAUCAUCAUCACAACAACCACCAUCAUCAGCAGCAACAGCAACAGGGUAGUCGUUUAAGCUUGCUCCAGCAGCAGCAACAUCAUCACCACAAUCACCACCGUGGCCUCGCCAAGUCUCCCUCACCGUCGAUGUGCAAUGGCGCCGAGGGCAACAACAACGGUAUUGGCUGCGGUGGCAACACCAGCAACACUAGUAGCAAUAGUUCCAGCCCGAUUGGUGUGGGAACGAGCGGCCGUAGCAUCAAUGCCAGCAGCACCAGCAGCAGCAGUUGCAGUAGCAACAGUCUCAAUGGUAGCAACAAUAACGUCAACUGCAGUGCUGGAACCGCCGGUGGCAGCACCAGCAGUGGUGAGCACGUAUCGUUGAACCUGCAACAGCUUAGCUUUGUUGCGGGUGGCGGUGGUACUGGUGGCAGCGAUGGACUUAGUGGUAGUAGCAAUGGUAACGGUGGUAGCGGUAUGCUCAUUUAAAUUGCAACGUUCUUUUCAAAUUGGUGGAGCGGAAAUGUUUCUUUCUAUUUAUAUAUCAUUUUUCCUCCAUUCCGAUAUUUGCUUUUUUUGUAAUGUCGGUUUUGUUUUCACCGUUCUUUAGGCAAAAUAAUGUUUGUAUGCCAGAGUUUUUCACGCCUAGUUUUUACUUGAACACGGCAAAUAUUGUUUUUUUUUUUGUGUUUGUUUUUCACCAUCACUAACUCGAAACCACGAGCUUAGUAUUUUAGUCGUAAUGUGUGUUGGCAAUCUAUAAUCUUAUAAAAGUCUUGCCUGAUUUGCUUUUUUUCUGGAAAGAUAGGGUUUAUUGGUCAAACAAAAAGUCAAACUCUUACUCGACCGAUGCUGUUUCAAACCUGCCAAAGAAGUAGAAAGACGUUGGAAACGAAUUUCCCCGAUUGAAAUUUACAGUUUAUCGAACGUUGUACAAAAUUCUUCGGCUUUGGCGCUGGCUGGGACCCGGCAGCACAGUCGACCAAACAUGCAAUAUCGUCUCUCGGUUGCGUAGUGGUAGCAGCUUUGUUAUUGUGGAUUUGAUGCUUUGAAAAAGACGGAGGAUCGCUUCAGAAAGUAACAUUUGCAGAAUCGUUAAUUUUACCCAAUAGUGUUUUAGUUCUUUAUUCAAACAGCUUAUUGUGACUAUUGCUGUGUUUAAGUUAGCGCACAGAACUGGGAUGUAUGUGUCGGUGUAGCAGAGUUUGUGCUUUCUAGUAUGAACUGCUUGUUGUACUUAUAAAGCUACUACGUUUGCUGCACGGAUCAUCCAAAACAUAAAAGGUGUGCAAUUUUUUGCUUGGCACACCUUUUGACGGCCAUGGCAAAGCGAUCCUCCAUACUAAUGAUUUUUCUCUUUGAUAAGCUUAUUUAUUUUUGGUCAAUUUUUUACGGCGUUCAGUGCCGACCCAAGAAAAUGCACUUCUGCACCGAGAGACGACAUGAAUGUGGAAUAUUUCUAAUAGCGAUGAACCACAAACGUGACCGAUAAUACGCCAUUUGACUUUUAUAUAGGCAAGCAUUUUUUUUUGUGUUUGAAAAUAGAGCCAUCCCUGUGUUUACCGUUGAUAAGCUUGCCAAAAGAAGCUUAAAAUAACACAGUAUUUAAAUGUUCUGGUUGGGAGGAACCUUCUUAAGCAGCCGCUACUACCGUUUAUCGUUGCGCACACUAUGUUUGACGGCUCUGUGCUGCUAACCGACAGCCGUAAUGAUUGAAAUCAACCUAACCUGCAUACAAGUUUGCUCGUUUUUAACGACGUAAGCGUGAGAAGACAUGCGCAUGUGACGUGUUGUUACUAUAAUCACUUUUUUAACGCGCACACCACACACUAUCUUGUGUCAUAUGUAUGAAUCCAUAAUCCCUGUUAGAAAAGCAAGGCGAGGCAAACUAUAUCCCCGUAUGCAUGCGCACAUGAUCUGCUCAUAUUUGAAGGUAAACAUUGUUGUUUUAUUGUUAAAGCCCGCGCCGACCGAAAGCCCCCACUUGACACAGGGUGGGUCAAAGGUCGGGAAGAUUUUGCAGAACAACUGCUGGGUCGAGAUGAUGGUAUACCAUUGUGUGGUGAUUGGCUAUGAAUUUAAAUACGUUUUUAUUAAAUGGCAGGUGUGUAUUACGUGAUCAUCGACGUGAUCAAAUGCAAUCUUUUUAGCAGAGGGGGAAUAUGAAUAUGAAAAAAGCUAAAAAAUCGGGUAACAAACACACCAUCAUUUACUGCGCCAUUUAAUAAGCGCCUUCGCUCCAGCAGAUACGCUAUUUUACGUAAGCAAUUAUUUAAAAAUAUUGAAAUGAUGGAAAAAUUAGUGCAGGGUGAAAUAUUUAAAAGUAACGGGUCACGAUUAGAUCAAAUGCUACUACUGCAGCAGCGUGGUGCUGGUUAGUUGAUUGUGUGUUGAACAGUACAUUUACAAUGGUAGGUUAGGAGGAGGAGGUGAUCGAAGGGCAAGUUGUUUCCAAAAUUGAAUUCUUACCGUCGUUGGUUAUUAUGAGCGUUUCAAUCAGUUAUUUAUUAAUGCCAAUGUUCAAUUUGGCGCGUUCGUUUUUCUAUGUUUAUUUAUUCGUAUUUAUUGCAGGGCAUAGCUUGUUAUGCGCCAGGAUUUGUUUAUUUGUAACUUAAAACGCUAUUCAGUGUUGCCUUUUUUUCGAUGUAAUAAUAAUGAACUGUAUAAAAAUGGU